GCUGGUUUCCUGUUGACUUUUCCUAUUCCUCCUUUACACAUAGACGGCUUCCAGUAGACACAGCAAUGGCGUUAAGAAAGCUCUGCCAGGUUGGGAUUGGGUCUUCCCGUAACUAUUGUACAGCGGCUAAGAUCGAAGCCAGAAAGGAAGCCUUAGCAACAAGUCCACAAUGGUUGGUCGGACUCAGUAGAUGGGCUUACUACAAAUCUUAUUUUCCAACACUAGGUCUGAUGAGAGAUGACUGUUUAUAUGUGGAUAAGUAUGUGAAAGAAGCUGUAGAAAGACUCCCCAAUGAUGUUAAAGUAGCCAGGGAAUUCAGAAUGAGCAGAGCCCUUAUUCUAAGUCAUAGCAAGGAAAUAUUACCCAAGGAAGAAUGGACAAACUAUGACGAGGAUGUGGAUUAUUUAUCACCAAUAGUUGAAAAAGUAAAGGAUGAGCACAGACUUAGGAAGAUCUUAGAUGAGAAAAACGGAACAAGGAAGACCCAGGGAAUUUUCGGUACCAUUGGACAACUUUUGGGAUUGCAGAAAACUAUUGAUAAAUGAAAGAAAACUGUUAUUACAUGAAACAAUAUUUAGUUAAAUGUUUUUUUAUCUUGUGAGAACAUUUUUAAUUUAUGAAAAAUCCAUCUAGAUUUUUGAGUUCAGGAAGUUGUAAAUAAAAUAAAAAAAUAUUG